AUGGUGAGAUCCUAUAAGAAAAAGACGGACAGGGGGAACACGCCCAAUGCAGUUUUUGAACGAGCUGCUCGUGAAAUCUCAGAGAAUAAAAUAUCUAUUCGCGACGCUGCGAAUCGAUUUAAAAUCAACUUUAUGACUUUGCAUCGCUAUCUUAAAAAGAAAGAUGGAAAUCUUGAUGGUAAGGAAGUGUCUAUGGGCUAUGCUACACCCGCAAAAAUAUUUUCCGACAAGCAGGAGCUUGAGUUAUCAAACUACUCUGAGCAAGCUGCGAAAUUGUAUUACGGACUCACAACAAAAGACCUACGAAAACUAGCAUACAACUUAGCUGUUGCCAAUAACAUUAAAGUUAGAGAUGUAUGGAAGACUAAUGAAAUGGCAUCAAAGGAUUGGUUACUGGGAUUUCUUAAAAGGCAUCCAAACUUAUCUAUUCGAACACCAGAAGCUACGAGCCUUUCCAGAGCGACAGCAUUUAACCGACACAACGUGGGCUUGUUUUUUGACAACCUUGGUUCUGUUUAUGACAGGUAUAAGUUUAAAAUCAAUGAUGUAUACAAUGUGGAUGAAACGGGGCUAACCACGGUCCAAAAACCUUCAAAAAUUGUUGCCAAAAAAGGAACAAAAGAAGUUGGGGCAAUAACUUCAGCAGAACGGGGGCAACUGGUAACCAUGGCUUUGGCAGUAAGUGCAAGUGGUAAUACUGUGCCGCCCAUGUUGAUAUUCCCAAGGAAAAACUUUAAGCAGUUUAUGAUAGCAAAUGGCCCUCCCGGUUGUGUAGGAACAGCUACCCCAUCUGGAUGGAUGACGGCGGAAAUUNUAAAAUCAAUGAUGUACACAAUGUGGAUGAAACGGGGCUAA